GUUUCUAUAAAACAAAAAAAGUUUUCUUAAGUUGUCAUUCAUUAAUUGAACAAAAUUGUUAAGUGAAUCUACAAAUUGUAAUUAAAAUAAUCUUAUUAAUCACAAAAUUCAGACAAUAUGGAAAUGCCAAUACAAAUAUCAAAUGAAUUGGAGAAACGUAUAUCGGAUGCAUUUUGCAUCUUUGAUCAUCAUGGUGAUAAGACUAUAGAUGUUAGAGAAGUGGGCACGGUAUUACGUUUUCUGGGUUGUGUGCCUACCGAACAAGAGAUUAAUGAGAUAAUAACAGCCACCGAAACAGAAGAUUCUAGUGGAGAAGUUCAUUUGACAAGAUUCUUGCCACAUGUGUCGCAAUUGUUGGCAGAGCAUAAAAUGGAACCUGCUGAACCAGAAAAACUAUUGGAAGCUUUUCACGUUUUGGAUCCCGAAAAUCGUGGCACUCUCACUAAGGAAUACUUUGGUAAACUAAUGAUGGAAGAGGGCGAACCUUUCACCCAAGAGGAACUAGAUGAAAUGAUGGCUGUUGCCGUAGAUCCCCUAACUGGUCUAAUACCUUAUGAAUUUUAUUUAAAUCAAUUAAUGCACCGUCCCAAUAAUUCUAUUUAUGAUAUUGCGGAUAAAAUUAAAGCCGAAUCACAAUUUAAAAAUACUGGAAAUACCAGGCAAACUAUAAGAAAUAUUAAAUAAUAAACAAACCUAUUUUUGUAUACUUUUUUAGGUUUAUUUGUAAAUCGACACAAAGGAAAGAUAUUUUAAAUAAAUUUAAACAGUGAAAUAUGAUAUAAA